AUCUAAAGCCAAAGAAAAUCUAGAAUUGAAGAGGCUGGAGCUGGAGGAAAUGAAGAUUAGAGAGCAAAUGACGCUCGAGAAACAAAAAUUGGAAAGACAAAUCCAGAAACUUGAACUUGAAAAACAAAGGAUGGAGAAAGAGGAUGAGCGAGAGAAGCAAAAGAUGGAGAAACAGGAUCAGCUUGAAAAACAAAGGAUGGAGAAAGAGAUCAAAUUACAGACUAUGCAGUUGAUGCAGGCAGGGAUUGAAAAAGGCAUGUCCAUCGUGCAGAUUCAGUCAUUAAUAAAUUUGCUUCAUUAAUUUGUCAUCUUUAAUUUGAUCUUUAAUUUUGCAAAGGUAAUAAUCCCUUUGCAUAAUUGAUUUUCAAAGUGAUUUUCUUCAAAUCCUCUCUGAAAUUAUGGGUACUCUUCUCUAUUUCUUCCUGAUGGGGUGCUGGAUCACCUUCUUCGAAAAUGUUCUCCAAGUACAUUUCCCCCCACGUAUCUGUGAGACUUACGAGCAUGUUAUGGAGUACACAGCAUCCCAUUACCCAUCGAACUAGCAUCCGCAUAUCUGCCUCAAUUCAAAGUUGAUGCCUCAUUUCCCGUAAAGAACCCCAUCGAGACUUCAGGAUUCCGAUGCAAUG